AGUCAAAUACUUUAUAAACAAAUUCAAAAACCUCCCGGACCAAACACGCUCCCAUUCAUCUGUACUACGCUUGCCUCUAUAUAAACAUCAUCUUCCAUCUACCACAGCGCAAUUGACCAACCACAGUCAAAACAAAAAUUAACCAUGUCUCCUUCUUCUACAAAAACUUUACUUUCCCUCUCUCUCCUUUUUACCCUAUGUGUUCUCUCACAAGCCACCUACUCUGAUCUCAUUUUAACCCUGGUUAACAACUGUCCAUACACUAUAUGGCCAGCAAUUCAACCCAAUGCUGGUCAUCCAGUACUCGAACGCGGUGGCUUUACUCUUCAUUCACUCACUCACCGUUCUUUUGCUGCACCAACCGCUCACUGGUCUGGCAGGGUUUGGGCUAGAACUGGCUGCACUUAUGAACAUGGAAAGUUUUACUGCGCCACGGGUGACUGCGGCGGCCGUAUAGAGUGUGACGGACUUGGUGGGGCCGUACCAGCUACGUUGGCCCAGUUUGUGCUGCAUCAUGGACAUGCUGAUUUCUCGUCUUAUGGUGUUAGCCUUGUUGAUGGGUUCAAUAUUCCUUUUACUGUAACCCCACAUGAAGGUAAAGGGGUGUGUCCCGUUGUUGGAUGCAGGGCUAAACUUUUGGAAACUUGUCCUGCAGUUUUGCAGUAUAGGUCACAUGGUGGUCAUGGCCCCGUUGUUGGGUGUAAGAGUGGUUGUGAAGCUUAUAAAACUGAUGAACUUUGUUGUAGGAAUCAUUUUAAUAGUCCACAGACUUGUAAGCCAUCCACGUACUCGCAGUACUUUAAGCAUGCUUGUCCUGCUACUUUCACAUAUGCUCAUGACAGCCCUUCACUCAUGCAUGAAUGUUCGUCUCCGCGUGAGCUAAAGGUCAUUUUCUGCCACUAAAUCGAGAAAAUUAAUCUUCUUGAUGUUCAAUGGCAAUUGAAGGAAAAAUUGGAUUUGUAAGGACUAGUGUUCAGUGUUACUACUUAUUAGUGUUGGGUUAAUUUUGCUUUGUUACAUUUGGUUUGUUAUUUGGGGGUGUUUGGGUGGGGGUGGGGGGUUAGGCGUGUUUGUAUUGUAUGGGAUAUUUGAGUUUGUAGUAAUGUUAUGUUUGUUUGUUCCAUGUUUGUUUCAUUAGGUUGGUUUAGAGGAAUUUUUCUCGUGUGUGAUUUAUGUAUGAAUCUAUGCUGCUUCUCAUUUUAUAGUACGUUAUAUAGUUUAUCCUGCUCA